AUGCAGUAUUCGCACCACUGCGAGCACCUGCUGGAGCGGCUCAACAAGCAGCGCGAGGCCGGGUUCCUGUGCGACUGCACCGUGGUGAUCGGCGAGUGCCAGUUCAAGGCGCACAGGAACGUGCUCGCCUCCUUCAGCGAGUACUUCGGCGCCUUUUACAGGGACGCCUCGGACAGCAACGUCGUGCUGGACCAGGCGCAGGUGAAAGCCGACGGCUUCCAGAAGCUCCUGGAAUUUAUUUAUACGGGGAAUUUAAACCUUGACAGCUGGAAUGUUAAAGAAAUUCACCAGGCUGCUGACUAUCUCAAAGUAGAAGAAGUGGUCACUAAAUGCAAGAUAAAAAUGGAAGACUUUGCUUUUAUUGCUAAUCCAUCUUCUACAGAGACAUCUAGUAUCACAGGGAACAUUGAAAUGAAUCAGCAAACUUGCCUUCUGACUCUCCGAGAUUACAAUAAUCGGGAGAAAGCAGAUGCUGCUUCUGCAGACGUUGUUCAACCACAAGCAAAGAAAGCAGCCUUAGAAAAGAAAUCUGCUCAAACCAAAAAGCGAAAGAAGAAUUUUACCCCCGCCAAAAGCAUACAGAAUAAAUCAGUACAAUAUGAGAAUGAUGUGGCUGAGAACACGUCCAUUGAGAUGUUCUUAGACGCGAAUAAGCUGGCCACACAGAUAACGGAACAGGCUGCCCAGGGCAGUGAUAACUCUGAACUACAGUUGUCAUCUGCGGUGGAAAGUGAAACUUUGGCAGCACAAGAUCUCUUAGUUCAGACUCUUACAGCAAAACAAAAACGGGGAAAACCUCAGCCCAACUGUGCGCUGAAAGCACACUGUAUGUCUAACAUAGCCAGUGAAAAGAGCACUUACCAGCUGGAGGGCUUGGGGGAAGAGCUGGAUCAGAAGUUCUCCAAAGCCAAACCAGUGUGCAACACGUGUGGAAAAGUCUUCUCGGAAGCCAGUAGCCUCCGUCGCCACAUGCGAAUACACAAAGGAGUGAAGCCCUACGUGUGCCAGCUCUGCGGGAAGGCGUUCACGCAGUGCAACCAGCUGAAGACACAUGUAAGAACUCACACAGGGGAGAAGCCAUACAAAUGUGAGCUGUGUGACAAAGGCUUUGCCCAGAAAUGCCAGUUAGUGUUCCACAGCCGGAUGCACCACGGAGAAGAGAAACCAUACAAGUGUGAUGUGUGCAAUCUGCAGUUUGCAACGUCGAGUAAUCUCAAGAUUCACGCCAGGAAGCACAGCGGCGAGAAGCCCUACGUGUGCGACCGCUGCGGCCAGCGCUUUGCCCAGGCCAGCACGCUCACCUACCACGUGCGGCGCCACACGGGGGAGAAGCCUUACGUGUGUGACACCUGCGGGAAGGCCUUCGCCGUGUCCAGUUCGCUCAUCACCCAUUCCCGAAAACAUACAGGAGAGAAGCCAUAUAUCUGUGGCAUUUGUGGAAAGAGCUUUAUUUCCUCUGGAGAGCUCAAUAAACAUUUUCGGUCCCAUACAGGUGAAAGACCAUUUAUCUGUGAAUUGUGUGGAAAUUCUUACACAGAUAUAAAAAAUCUAAAGAAGCACAAAACAAAAGUUCACACAGGAUCUGAAACCCCCCCUGAUUCCAAUACACUUGAGAAUUCCUUCAAUGAACAAGAAUCCGUUCAGAAAAGUCCUUUAUCGGAGUCUGUAGAUGUGAAGCCCUCUGAGAUGUCUUUACCACUUCCUCUUUUAGACCAUCAGAUGCUGCUCCCUGUGACGGGCAGUCAGUCUCCCUCGUCAGAAACAUUACUGAGAUCUGCUGUGACUGGAUAUUCAGAACCUCAGUUUAUUUUCUUGCAGCAGUUGUAUUGACACUGCAGUAUGGAGCCAACAAGGUAAUCAGUAGCGAACUCGCAUCCUUUGGUAAGGUGAACCUAAUCAUUCAAGCAGUUACACUUUAUGGAGUUGGACUUGGUUCUUUUCUUUUUUUCCCCCUCUGUGUAAAGAGGCUUGUAAGGCAUCUCCUUUGUGCAGUGCUGCCUUUCAUUUCUUGUUGAAUUGCGCUAAUCUACAAUCACAUUUUUUUAAUUGCAGCUGACACUGAUUUCCAGGAGAUUAUUCCUUUCCAGCAACAUCUGCCUUAAGAAUU